ACCAUCUCGCCCACCAGCUGACCAUUUGUCAGUUGUCGGGGAUGUUCCGCGUUCCCGCAUACCCGCACCCCGCUGCACUUCGGCAGUCCCGCACUCCCGAGUUCCCACAAUUCCACAAUAGAAGGAAGACAGAAUCAUGGAGGCCGAGGAUUCGGCUCCGGGUGCGGUACCCCGUUCUGUCCCGACAAGUCAAGUAGAUGAAAUCACACCAGUGGCCGUCCCAGAACGAGAGCCGCCUGCAGCCCAGUGCAUCCCGGAGCCCAAGUCGCCCGCAGCUAACGCCAGACCCAUCAUCUCGAUCAACACCGAUCAAGCCAAAUUCGCCCAAGGCAAGGAUGCACAGGGACCAAAAAAUUCACUAUUGUCCGCUUUGAUCCCCGGCAUCGGCAAAAGGGGUCCCGGAGCCCUCCCUGCUUUGAACACAGCCUCUAAGAAACCCGGCGACCUAAAGAGCCUCGCUGAGCUGCUGAGUCCUCAGGAUGGAGCCGGAAGGGGGUCCUUCGUUCCAAAGACCAAGCCUCGGUACCGACUAGAUCCAGUCGCCCCUGGUUCGAACCUGCGGCCUUCCGUGGAUAUCAUUGCCGUCCAUGACUUUGAAGAAACCGCCGAGGACGCGUGGACCUUUGAGGGAGGAUUGUUGCUCAGAGCACCGAGGUCCAACCUGAGAGAUCCCAGCGAGCGUGACAGAGAGUCCUCCCGAGGCAGCCACGAUCGCCGCCGCCGACCCGAUGCUCUGCCAAAGGCGUCAGCAACCCCAAAUGACGGCCUCUUGGGGACGGAGCAGCCCGAGUUGGACAGCAAAGGCAAGGCCCUGGAAGCAAACGCUCUCCCAGGACAAAGGGACCCAAAGCUCAAGGUCGCUCGAAAAGAGGUCAAGGACAAAUCUAAACUUGCCGACGGCUCCAUUAGAUCUGCUCGGUCGUCUUCCGAGUUUCCCGACCGCCGUGAAAAACGCCAGGAGACUGUCAAUUGGCUUCGCGACUUCAUACCCCGCGAUAUUCCACAAAGCCGGGUUCUCAGCUUCUCGUAUCCUCGGUUCGACAAGAAGUCGCACAUCAGCCUGGUGAGUUACGUCGAGAAGGCAGCAACCGAGCUUCUCCAGCGCGUCAAGCGAUCCAGACAGGGAGAGCUUUAUGAAAACGUCCCUAUCAUUUUCAUCGGCUAUGGGUUCGGGGGGAUCGUCAUUCAAAAGGCCAUCCAGCUUGCAGUCCAAGAAGCCCAAGCUUGGGACGAGGCUGCUGCAAAGCCUGUACCCUUCGCCGAAAAAGAGGUAUUUGACCCGAAUUUAGACGGCAAGGAGAAGGCUCAGGUGACUAGUAAUGGAGACCAACGAGACGUUGCGGACGAGAAGAGCCAGAAACCCAAGGCUUCUCUAGCAAACAAACCCCCAGACUUGAUUAGCCCAUUUCCCAUCGGCGACAUUUCUCAGCUCUUGCUUCUCGACACCCCAUUCCCCGGAAAACCCGACACAAAAGCCAGCAAACAACUAUUCCCCGCAAAUGUCAAUAUUCGAGUGACUCAGAUUCUCCAGUGGAUCGAGAGUCAGGAGAAAGGGCCGAAGCUUGUAGAGAAGGUUUGGGCCGACUUUCAGCGUGUCCGGGGACAGCUUCCGCAGAGCUUUGCACUAUCGUGGCUGUACUCUCAAACAAGAGGGCGGCAGACCGAGGGUGACCCCCAGAAGAUGAAAGACGAGGAGCACCCUGCCGCUGACGUCUAUGGAAUCAGCUUCAAGUCCAUCUCAACCUACCAGCAUAGGCGCCUGGGCAGGAUUCCAGAUGCACAGGAUUACGUGUACCGUGGAAUCAUGUUCACGAUUCGCUCCGAAUUGCUUUUCCAGGCCCUGGCGGCUCAGAACGUCAGCCUCGUCUCCACCAUUGUCGACGGAAAGACUAGGGGUGUAAUCAAGGACAAGCAAGGGAGAACACCUCUCCACGCUGCAGCCUUGCUUUACCCCCCAAAUGAAGACAUUGUCACCAUCCUCGUCACUGACUGUCCAAGUGAUGCUGUGGAGGGCGACGACAUGGGCUGCACUCCUCUCCACCUUGCUGUCGACUCAGCCUGGCAAAACGAACCCGACGAGGGGAUGGACCGUGCUGGAUACAGAGGCGUCAUCCGCUGCCUCGUGCGGAACAUGCCAGUGGAUCUGGACAUUGAGGACAAUGACCAGAUGUCGCCAUGGGCCAAGCUCUGUGACAGAAACGAGUGCACUUGUCGGGUCAGCUGUGACUGGAUAUGGGACCUCAGAGACAACCCAGAGCCCAUAAGCGGGCCCGCAAUAGCCGAAGAUCUCGAAGAGCCGACAAGGCCCGAGCCGCCAGUGGAAGGCUCGCUGGAAGAAGCGGUCAUGUUUGCCUCCCAAGGCAUCGUGUCCGAGUUCUACCAUGCCGUCAGCGAGAAAACCAAGAGGCUGGAGGAGCACAUCACUUGGAAGACUACGAGCAUCCACGAGAUGAUCUAUGACCACGAUAGGGGGUGCGCCAAGAUCUUAGAGGUCUCGAGGGCAAAGAGAGAAGGCCAAGACUUUCGGUGCAGAUGGAUUCAUGUUCCAGCAAACAACGAACAAUGGCUAUAUGAUCUUUUUCUUUCGAUUGGCGUUCGAGACCUCUCCAUGACAGAUCAACGAUACGACGGCCGCAGCAUCUUCAACCGAUAUAUGAACCCGCAGGUUAAAAAGGUUGACCACAACAAAAUUGAUAUUCGCGCGCCAGAAAUCCCGACGUGGAUACCCGGGAUUUCGGAGACAAGCUUUCAACCGCCCGGCACUACCAAUCCUCAAGCCCACAGCUUGCCCACUGUUCUCGAGGAUCCGGGUGCGGGCGCGGGGAAAGUAGCGAGGCCGAAAAUGCCUCCGACCAUGUCUGACGGGAGAAAGGCAAGCGAGAUUCUAGCCAGAUAUGUCUACUGGGAAGAUUUGCCGCCUGUCAAGGACCCUGGCCGGAACAAGACGAUCGCUCUAUUUAUGCCGUUUCUUGCAUACGAGAGCCACCAGGGGCGCAGAGCAAUGGCCAGGGAGAUCAAACAGGACCUGCGGUCCGAGAUAGCUCCGCUGAAUGACAGUGGUUCCCUCCUAGGAAAAGCACGGACAAGACCCAUCCACUACCGCCGAACCCUGGACCAGUAUUCUUAUUACAUGCUCGACUCAACGGAGCGACGCGAUAAGGAUCAGGUCAUGUAUCGGUGGGCGACAAAACAGCAGGACAGAGUGGAGAAGAAGCACGCGCCAAUACUCAUGGUUGACCAGCUCUGGCUUUGGGCUCUGCCGGACGGCACCGUAAUAACAAGCAUUCCGAACACCAACAAAGUUUCGGAACCGUUCAACAUCCAGAGGAUUCUCGGCAUAGAAAUCCAAAAGAACAAGCGCCGGCAUGCCAUCAAGGGCCCCGAAAGCAUCUUUGACAUUGUGCUGAAGACAUGUGUCAAUGCCAUGAAGCGACCAGGACCGGGCGGUGUCAAACUCCAAGAAUGUUUCCAGUCCUCCAUCAACAAGAUUGCGGAAUCCGAGGCCGUCAAGAUGAAGACACUCUUGGACACAGUCAAGAAACUGGCCAAGGCCAAAGAUCCGUUCAAGCUGACAGCCGACAUCGACAGCUUUUCAAAGAUUUCAAAAGAGAUGUACCAGCUUGUCGAAAUAAUCGACAUACAGGACGAACUGGCCAUUAUUAAUUCGGUCUUGGCCAUUCAGAGAUCCGUCCUGAAGGACCUGCGGGACCAUUUUUGCUCCGAAGACAAGCCCAAAACCGACCCCGAAUCGAACCGGCCCCCCUCCACAGUGGCCAUCACGAAGGGUGUCGUGGACGAAUCCAUCCGCAUCGUCGAUGAGAACAUUCGUGGUGCCAAAGAGAUGACCGAGUCGGCGAGGAGGGUGCAUCAAGACUUGAAACAGCUACUCGAAUUCAAACAGCAGCAGGCAAACGGUUGGGAGUCACGAUACGCGAUGAAGCUUUCGGAGCAGGGGCAGAGACAGAACACGAUCAUGCUCACUUUUACCAUUGUGACGAUUAUCUUUCUUCCCCUGUCAUUCAUCUCGAGCUUCUUCGCCAUUGGAAUCAAGGAGUUUCCGAAGGACGAAGAGACCGGAAACCAGGCCUGGCCUAUUGCCGAAGUGUCUGCGUACAUGUUUGGAAUAUCUGUGGGGGUCUCGCUCGUGAUCCUGCUCUUCGUCCUGUUGUUCUUUGCCCGCAGGUCAAAGUCGACCAAGAAAUUCGUCACGACAUCGAAACAGCAGCUGGGGCUUUCACGCGACAAAGGGAGGCAGGACGCCUUGAGCGAGCAGCUCGACGACCACGACGACGAUCCUGAUGACGACACCUCCUCAGAGCUAUCAGACGACGACGAGAAGGACAAUCUCGACGGCGACGGCGACGGCAACACGGGACGCGAGGCGAGAGGCGACGCGCACCCGUAUGCGCCGCUGUUCAACCGGUGGAGAUGGCACUCGCGGAUUCCGGGGCUGCGGCGGCUGUGGCUAUGGGGGCCCUACGAGGUGCCGCCCGAGCGACGGCACAAUCUGCGCAGCCAAGAGCAGGUUGAGUUCGACUAUCCGCUGCACCGGCUGCGACAUCGGGUCCCGUACUUCUUGCGGAAUUCACUUCGCCCCUCUCGCGAGCCCGAGGGCCCCCGGUACUCGUUCUACAACGACGGUGAUGGACAACAUGAUGACGGCGGCGACAACUAUGACUACGACUAUAACUACGAUGAUGACGGAGAUGGCAAUGGCGAGGGCAACGAUAGCAGUGGGAACGGCGACGGCGACGACUACACAUGCCAUUCCAUUGACGAGCGCGCACGCCGCGAAGAGCUCGAGAUGGAACACCACGAGCGCGUGCAGGAGCGCAAGGACUGGCUGGCCAGCCUCUUUGGAAUCAGGUCCUCGACCAGCAAAUCCCGCGGUCCUCGCGACGGCGAGGCGGGGGAAGACGCUGCCAGUACUACCGGCGGCGACAAUGCGGCCUUGCCUGAGUCUGCGGGCCCGGGAGUGCCGUCCCUUGUGGCUGGCAUGUUCAGGAAGAGGAACAGACAGGCGGGACACGACGAGGAGAGGGGGCCGAAUUAAGUCAUAUUCCCGCCGGGCUUGGAUUAAUGGGUUGUCUCUUUUCUUUUUGGUUCUUUUUCGGUCGCCAAGCUGGAUCGUCUAUAGUCUUGGAUUUGUGUAUUAUGCUGUUUUCGUUUACUCCGUGCGUGGCUGUAUCCUAUUAAGAGUCUUUCUUGCUAUAUCAUGG